AUGAAUACAGGUUUUAGUGAAGUGGAUGUAGCUCUGGAGCGAAUAGGCUCCAUGGACCCAACACUUGAGGCCAUGCAUCCUCUGGACCCGCCGCCGCCCGACGUUCUGCUUGCAUUGUUGGCAAGAAAUAAAGCAUUGGAAGCCAGUAUACCUAAAUGUGGUGGAUGCCAUGAGAUGAUAGUGGAUCGAUACGUACUAAAAGUGUCCGAUCGCACUUGGCACGCGGGCUGCUUGCGAUGUGUUGAAUGCCGCGCAAUGCUCUCCGGCAAAUGCUUCGCAAGAAAUAAUCAGUUAUAUUGUACUGAAGAUUUUUUCAAGCGGUUCGGCACGAAGUGCGCUGGCUGUGGGCAGGGAAUCCCCCCGACACAGGUGGUGCGACGUGCGCAGGCGCAUGUCUACCAUCUGCGGUGUUUCGCGUGUGCGGCGUGUGCGCGGACUCUGAAUACCGGAGAUGAGUUCUAUCUAAUGGAGGACGGCAAGCUUGUUUGUAAGCCUGACUACGAAGCUGCGAGAGCAAAAGGUGAAGGUUCCCUCGACGGUGAUGCAGCAAGUAAGCGGCCGCGGACAACCAUCACUGCCAAGCAGUUAGAGACGCUCAAAAGUGCCUAUAGUAGUAGUCCUAAACCAGCAAGACAUGUAAGAGAACAGCUUGCUCAAGACACUGGACUAGAUAUGCGUGUAGUUCAAGUUUGGUUUCAAAAUAGGAGAGCAAAAGAGAAGAGGUUAAAAAAGGACGCGGGGCGGACGCGCUGGUCCCAAUACUUUAGGUCCAUGAAAGGUGGAGGCAGCGGCUCGCCGAGACACGAUAGACUCCUCGACAAGGAUGAAUUAAAGAUUGAUUUAGAUUCCUUCAGUCAUCACGAGCUAAGCAACGACAGCUAUAGUACGGCGGCACUCGGUGGAGAGGAAGGCUCUCCCGCGGGCGGCGCGUCGGGGGCGAGAUUCGGUGCCACACCGCCUUACUUGCGCGCGCACUCGCCCCCCCACGCACACUACCACUACCCGCCUGAUCACCUUGUCUAUACUAAUAUUGGUCAAGCAAUGAGUGGUGCGGGUAUAGGAGCUGGGGCGGGAGGUGCAUCAGACAUGAGCAGUUCCUCAUCCCCGGCUGCCGGGGGAUACCCUGACUUCCCUCCUUCCCCGGACUCUUGGCUGGGAGAGCCUCACCAUUACUCUCCACGUGGCUACCCC